GCUCUCUUUUGACUCACGACUGCAGCCACCAGAUGGUCCUCGCAAAAUGAUCAUUGCAUUCAGAUCCAUCACCGUCUCCGUUUGGCACCACACACUUGAUCUGAGUGAACAUAUGAAUUCCUAUUGCGUAAUCCAAGCUUCGUGCAUAAUGCAUGAGAAGGAGAGGAGUGUGAGGAUCCUGUCUCACGUGUCUCUCUCUCUCUCGCUAAAGCAGAGCCCAGCUCAGAGCAGACACUUGCGGUGCCGUCUCCCGAAAGCCAAAACUCAACAGAUCAGGUCACCUGUUACUCUCUCCCUCCUCCCCCCCUUCUGUCGCUUGGAGUGGCGGGAGAGCCUGGUCACUCAUGGAAACCCAUGGGCCCUGGGGUGUCGUGGUCUCCUGCAGCGUGCUGCGGUUUCCUUCUCCCGCUUCAUCUGUCAGUUGUGCUCCCUGACUCAGAGCCGAUGCAGAUGUAGGUGUGUUCGCAGCCGGCGUGUGACGUGCUCCUCGAAGCUGGAUCGCCGAGCCUCUGGGGGAAACCUUCUCAUCCGUUCAUUUUGUUUCCUUUCAUUCCUUCAGGCCUGUGACAAUGAGACGCACAACAUAAGUUUCCUGCAGGAGCAGAAGGAAGACCUGCGCAAGCGGCUGUCCUACACCACACACAAGCUGGAGCGGCUGGAGACAGAGUUUGAUUCUACCAGGCAGUACCUGGAGACUGAGCUGCGGCGAGCUCAGGAGGAGCUGGAGAAGUUCAUCGAUAAAUUACGCCGCAUACAAAGUAGCUAUGCCGCACUGCAGAGGAUCAACCAGGACCUGGAAGACAAGAUCCAAAGGACGUCUCAACACCAUGAUGAGGAGAAAAGAGCCCUCAGCAGAGAAAUCAUUGUCCUCAACAACCACCUCAUAGAAGCCAAAAUGACCAUCCAAAAACUCCGUGAGGACAAUGACCUGUACAGGAAGGACUGUAACCUGGCCGCCCAGCUUCUCCAAUGUAACAAGUCCCACUACCGAGCCCACGAACUGUCCGAGCUACCGCCUGAGUUCCAGGAGCGGGUGAGUUUGCACAUGGAGACCACACCUCGCUGCCACACUCCUUUCUCCGACUCUGUACCCACCUCGGUCAUUGCCAAAGUGCUCGAGAAGCCAGAACCUGGGAGUAGUCUGGCCUCCCGCUCCGCAAGCCCAAUGCCUCGAGACCCCGACUUUCUCCACAGCAGCCCAGGCAGUAGUGAGCACCUCCACUUGCGCAUGGCGUACAGGUCAGACAUGUACAGCAGCGAUACAGCACUCUACUGCCCCGAUGAAAGGCACCAUGAACGACGCCAGAGUGUGGACUUGCAUGGGCAGGAACCUAAUCCAUUUCAAGCCCAGAACUCCACUGACAGCAAUCCUGAGGAGGAUGGUCUCCACUCAAGCUUCUCUCAGGAGCAGUUUCUGGAGUUUGCGGGUUCGUUACCACCUUCCAGCUCCUACUCCAGCUUCAGUGGGGCUUCAGAUGAGAAGACUCACCCCCCCAGUAGCAACCUGUCCUCGCCCCAACAAGCUCUGUACAUGGACUGGCGGGAUGGCAACUAUGAGCACAAGAGCACUUCUCCUUUUGAAAAGGAAAGCCCUGGGUUCCCCAAGUCUCACAGUUUCCAGCAGAUGGCACAUGGCUAUCAGAAUGGCAACUCCCCUGUGCAUUCGCAAAGCUCACCUGUGCAUAUGCGGGCUGCAUCCACCUGCUUUGGUGAGCCCUUCCCGCCACGUCGCUUCCCAUCCUCUUACAGCGUGGGCUCCUACAAGCUGUAUGAGGAUGGUGGAUCACCGAAGAGGAGCGCAGUGCAUGUCCCUAUAGACGAAUUGAGUGGACGCUGGCGGCAGCUGAGUGUAGAAGACCUCAAUGCCUACUCUUACCCUAGCCCUGGACGAGUUUCACCCUACAGCUUCUCAGAGCAGCACUAUGCGGUAAGACCUGGGAAGGUCAAGCUGGGCCCCCUCUAUAGCAGUUUGCAGGAGAGUGGCAACAUCUACAGCAGUGUCCCAGACCCUGACCUGGGGGCCUCCAGUCCAAGCCCUGAACACGACUCUGCUCUCCCACAACAGGAGCAUGUGUAUCGAGUCAAAGAGGACAACCUCUUCCACUCAGGAAGUACCAAGGACAAGGAGAGCAUGGCUGGAAGCAUGAAGGAAUACGUGGAUAUCAGUCCCAACAGCUCCACUGAAUCGCUAAACCAAAGGUCUCUGGAGGUGGCUGAAAUGCAGCACUACCAGAUGGAAAGGCAGAGCCCAUCUCUUGCGGGCAAGGCUGUGUCACAGUAUCAGCAGUUUGGGACCAUGGGACUCUCCAGAAAGGACAGCCUGACCAAGGCACAACUCUAUGGCACAUUGCUAAACUAG